UAUUUUGACCCUUUACCGGUUGAACUUCUGGCACUUAUACUCACAGCAAUCAAAUGUUGCAUUGACAAGUGGAUAACCGGAGUCAAGGAAGACAUCAAAUUCUCGUUGGCUACUUAUUCUCCGGUCUAUCAGGUCCAUCUCAACUCUUUGCAGUGGUUCGAUGAGCACACCAAUGCCUACAAUCUACUUGCUAAAAUCGGUAUUAACAUCCUCGAUCUUGUGCGGUAUGUUCCUGGCCGCUGCCAUUGA